GUUCAGGUACAGCAUUAUCGAAAUUGCGAUCACGCAAAAAUGUCACAUCGACGAGAAUCUGGGGCUGUCCCUCCCUGGGUCAUACCAGAGCCUGCCCCGAGAAAGACCUUGACAGCCUCCCCCCAAACACAACAAGGUGAAUCGGGAACUCCGAGUGUAGCCGGUGAUGUAAGGCCCAAAAGUAGAGUUUCCUUUGGAGAGCUGCAAGAAACACCAUAUAGUCAUGCAUGUGGGGAUAUAGGUGACAUGCCUGAUACCGGCAAAAAGAAACAAUACUUACAUAUUAUCGGGGGUGAAAUUGUCAACAGUGACUGCAUUCAAAAGGCGGAGCUUCUAAUUGAAAAUGGGAAAAUAAUAUCAGUUGGGAAUAAGUUGGACGUACCCAGGGGUACUGGCACAAUCGAUGCGUCCGGUCUACUCAUCAUGCCCGGAGGAGUAGAUAUUGCAACCUACAUCCAGAAUGACAUGUUUGACUACCGUGAAGAGGACUACGCAAACACCACAAAGGAAGCAGUGCUGGGCGGGACUACAACGAUUGUUGACACUGUGAUAUGUCCCCGGGGAGAGUAUCCAAUCGAUGUUCUGUGUAAACAGAAAAGCCGAACACAGGCUGCAAAACUUUGGUGUAACGUAAUCUACCGGGUCGCAUUGUUAGAACUAAACGAUGUGAUUUUGGAUCAAAUGGAGCCAUUGGUUAAACAACAUCAUGUCUCUUCUUUCCUGUUUUUUGUCUCCAGUCCUGAUGUUGCGUCUAGAACUGUACAGGCGGGAAUAUCUCCAGCCAAUCUGAAAAAUGCCUUACAUCGUUGCCGCCAGCUGGGUGCUCUAGCCUUGGUGCGAAACGCCAGUGUUCCCGUCAACCAGACCUCGAAAUGUGAACAGGAAUUUCCUUUGGAUGCAGUAGGCAGAGAAGUGGAGGAGAAAGUUCACUUAUCAAUUCUGCAUGCGGCAGGUUCUGCAAACUGUCCCAUUCUGCUGACUUCGCCAACUGGAUUAAAUUCGGUUGAAGAGACUGCCAAGUCACGCCGAAGAGUACCUCCUGUACAUGCUUUUAUCAGUAUAGCACCAAGCAGCUUACUUCCAUCAACCACAAAUGGAAUGCAACGUUCAAGUCAAUUCCUCGGCCCACUAGCAACCGGAGAUAUCGCAGCCAUAUCAAGCGACCAGGCUGGCACGAACCAUCCAAAGGGGUCGGCGCGCCUAGGUGCAAUCGGUCAACGCCUUGUUGCUGUCUGGGAGGCUAGCGUGCCCACCGGUUGGUUGGAUGCCUCCGGUUUCGUCAGGGUCGUGUCAACCAACGCAGCACGCUACACCGGACAAUAUCCAAACAAGGGGAGGAUAAGUCCUGGUUCGGACGCUGAUCUUGUACUGUGGCCAAGCGAUAGCCUUACACAGCCGGGAACAGGAAGACCCGCUAUGGUACUUCUUCGUGGAAUGAUCAUGGCCCGUGAGGGGAAGCUGGCUGAUAGAUCGAUGAACGUUGGACCUUACAUCACCAUAGAUGGUAUCCCUCAGGAUGUGACGGAUCCAGAACCACUCGGAGAAGUCCUUUCAUGCGAACCAUUCCCAAUGACCGUUUAUAGUACGGUUCUCGCAACAGACCGAUUACGGAGACGAUACCAAGCUUCAAUGGAUAAUGAUACGUGGUCAAUGGGUGCAUUGCAAAACGAGGUCAAUACACCUGUUAAAUCGACUCUAUCCACUGAGCCAAGCGGAACAAAGUCAUCCACGCAACCAACUCCAAGUCCGACAUUGGUCACAAACUUGCAGCAGACUCCAGAGAACUUGAGCGGUGUACGAAUGGUACAUGGCCAUCGAGAUUUGCACGCCUCCGGAUUCUCCCUCAGUGGAGCUCAAGUGGAUGAUAACCAGCCGCAUCGAUCAGGUAUCCGGACGAGUCAACCCCCAGGAGGGCAGUCACGAAAUCCACUAUGGUGAAGGCUCACAGGCUACUCGGUGUUGUCCCCGAAAGUUCCCACGCACCACUACGCAUAUUAUAACUCCAGUUGUGAAGUUCGCAUAAAUAUAUAAUUAUUACGCCUACUUAAUAACAAAAAAAUCGCAUUCUAUCAAAAAGUCUUGCAAACAUUUAGAAAAAUAGUGGCGACGGUCAUACGUACGAAGCUCUUCUCGACCUGAGAUUAAAUGCAUCGAAAGCUGUCAGCGAAAUGGCUGUGCAAAUGCAUAGGGAAACCAGGAAGAUGUGAAAACGGUCACGUUCACCAGAAAACAGACGUAUGAAGGUAAAAAAAACGUGCUGAAUGGGCAAAAUGCGCGACACCACCGUGUCAGUGAGCAAAACCGGGAGUUGCGGAAUGGACUAGAAUGGACCAGAAACAUAGUUGAGUGUCGUGGAAAUGGGUCAUAGGCCACCGGUAGAUGAAUUGUUACGAUGAACCAAAGCCAACCCGGUCAUAGCGGAAUUGAUGCCGAGACUGGUGUUUACGACGUGACUGUCAGAGUCUUCUGUGUCUGUGGCACCACCCACGUCAUCGUCAUCGGCCAGUGCACUUUGAUCGCUGAAAUCAGUGAGCACUGACCAGUUGCUUGGUGUGUUGUUUUUCAACCUUUGUUGCUCGGCAUUCCGAGAAGACAGAAUGACAACUCGUGGUUGCUUAGACGGGGAGCAUAAGAUGUUUUCAUCCGGACUUGUCAAUCGUACUGGACUCUCCUCUAGCGGNCAGAAUGACACUCGUGGUUGCUUAGACGGGGAGCAUAAGAUGUUUUCAUCCGGACUUGUCAAUCGUACUGGACUCUCCUCUAGCGGCUCAGGAAAUUGUUUCAAGUCGUUGUCUGGUCUCCCACUGAAAUUUAGGGACGCCUUACUCGCCAGACGUUGCUCCGAGAUGGGCAUGAGUACAUGAGAUGACAGCGAGGGUUCCAUCGAAUAGCGACCAGAACGACAUGGACUAGGGCGAUGAGUUUGUUGUAAACCAUGCGAAUACCUCAGUUGGUGUUGGUCCAAUAGCUUUGUCAAACGGCGAUGAUACUGUUGACUCUGUAGAGGCGCUGAAAAUUCCGGUUGGACACGAUCAGUGUACGACAUUACCGAGGAAGUACUUUGUACAUUUGAGGCGACUGAUCCAGAUGAACCGAUUGUGAAAGUGCGAUUUGACCUGUUACCCAACUGCAUCGUCUGUGGACCGAUUGCGGUUUUGGAAGAACGCUAGAAAUAGAGGACGCGGUAAGGAAACAUUGAACAACGUGACUUAUGGGAAUCUAGGGAAAACAUCUGUCUUGGACGCAAUCGGGAAAUCAAGAAACUCUGAAUCAUCAAACAACUGAUCAAUAUUGGAAGCUUGACCUCUGGGAUGAAAUAAUGUUACUGAGUCCAACAUUCUCUAACUACCGGUCUGAUUCGUUCUAGAAGGCUGUUGAUCCAUUUAACUGGGACACGGUAAGCGAAAGUGAACAUGUCAAGGGUGGACUGGAGGGAGAGAGAGAAGCCGGGGCUGUACAUUAUUGUGAGACCACACAUACAGGAGCAAUGUUUACACAGAUGGACGGGAUUCAUUCAGAAGUAUUAAAAUCUUCCAUAAUUUGCAGUGUUUUGGUGCU